AUGCCCAUAAAAUUCGGAACAGACGGCUGGCGAGCAAUCAUCGCCGAAGACUACACCUUCGACAACGUGCGCCUCUGCGCCCAGGGUGCAGCCGACCUGAUGAAGUACCACAGCCUCGCCUAUCGCGGCUUCGUCGUCGGCUAUGACACGCGCUUUGCAUCCGCAGAGUUCGCAGCAGCCGUAGCCGAGGUAACCGCCGCAAACGGCAUACCAACCUUGCUAUGCGACAGAGCGGCGCCAACACCUGUCAUAGCCUACAAUCUAGUCGCCAAGGACGCAGGCGCAGGCGCGGUCAUCACCGCAAGCCACAACCCCGCCACAUACAACGGAUUCAAGUACAAGCCCGACUACGGUGGCAGCGCAUCACCUGAAAUCGUCGAGGAACUCGAAUCGCGUAUCGCCGCCGCCGAAUCGUCAGGCAGCGUCCAGCGCAUACCGCUUCAGCAGGGGAUCGCAAGCGGACUACUAGAAUACUUCGAUCCCGCGCCCGACUACCUCAACCACGUCGCAUCACUCGUGGACUUGGCGGCAAUCCGCAAUGCCGGCCUGGACAUAGUCGUGGACUCCAUGCAUGGUGCAGGCGCGGGCUACCUCGCCGAACUGCUCUCCGGUGGCUCUACCCGCGUCGUCGAGCUUCGCAGCGAACCCAACCCGGCUUUCCCCGGCAUGGCGCAGCCUGAGCCGCUCGCCCACAACCUUGAGCCGCUCAUCAACGAAAUCUCCGACAGAACCGCCGACAUCGGCUUAGCCACAGACGGCGACGCUGACCGCCUGGGCGUUGUGGACGACGACGGUCAAUUCCUUACGACCCUGCAAACCUUCGCCCUGCUCUGCAUGCACCAGCUCGACACGCUCGGCAGGCGCGGUCCCCUGGUGCGCUCCAUCACCAUGACCAGCAUGAUAGACAAGCUCGGCGCAAUCUACGACGUGCCCGUGCAUGAGACGCCCGUUGGCUUCAAGUACCUCGGUCCCGUCAUGAUGAGCGAAGACGCACUAAUCGCAGGCGAAGAGAGCGGCGGUUACGCAUUCCAGGGCAAUGUCCCGGAGCGCGACGGCAUCCUCAGCGGCCUAAUGCUGUUGGACAUGAUGGUCAAGACCGACAUGGGCAUCCCGGACCUGCUCGGCGAACUGGAGACAAAGUAG